UAGAGACUUUAGUCACACAUUUGCCGGUUGGUUGUUGCUUGCAAAUAAUUAUCGUAAUAAAUCGUGUACCAUGGCGUCAAAAGUACUUAAAAUUGUAUUAGCAAAUGGAUCCGAGUGCCCAAUAUUGGGCUUAGGAACUUGGAAGUCGAAGCCUGGUGAGGUCACGCAAGCAGUGAAGGACGCGAUCGACAUCGGCUAUCGACACAUCGACUGCGCGUUCGUCUACGGGAAUGAGAAGGAAGUAGGAGAGGCUAUCACCGAGAAAAUUGCUGAGGGAGUUAUAAAGAGGGAGGAUCUCUUCGUGACGUCCAAGCUGUGGAACACAUUCCACCGGCCGGACUUGGUGCGUGGUGCUCUGCUGCAGAGUUUGAAGAACCUCAAUCUGAAAUACUUGGACCUCUAUCUCAUUCACUGGCCGCAGGCGUACAAGGAGGAAGGUGAAUUAUUUCCCGCAGAUGAAUCGGGAAAGAUCCAGUACUCCGAUGUGGACUAUGUCGACACUUGGAAGGCUCUGGAACCGCUAGCGAAAGAAGGCCUUGUUAAGAAUUUGGGUAUCUCCAACUUUAACUCGAAGCAGAUCGAGAGGCUGCUAGAACAUGCAACAAUUAAACCUGUCAUCAACCAGGUGGAGUGUCACCCGUAUCUGAAUCAGACCCGUCUGCAGCAGUUCUGCGAAGCUCGCGGCAUUAAGCUGACAGCAUACUCGCCGCUGGGUUCCCCCGACAGACCCUGGGCGAAACCGGGCGACCCACAGCUGAUGGAUGAUCCCAAGUUGAAGGAAAUUGCUAGCAGGAUCGGAAAGACCGUCGCGCAGGUGCUUAUCAGAUAUCAAAUUGAACGUGGCAACAUUGUAAUUCCGAAAUCAGUGAACAAGUCUCGUAUCGCUUCGAAUUUCGACGUGUUCGACUUCAAACUGUCUCCCGAGGACAUUCAGCUCAUCAAUACAUUCGACUGCAACGGGCGGUUCGUGCCGAUGACAGCAUCUCUCGGUCACAAACACCAUCCAUUUGAGAAUGAUGAGUUCUAAAAAUAUUAAAAGUUAAUGAUGUAUGAAAAUAUAUUAUAAUUAUUGUUGAAGUGCUAUAAGACACGAAUUGUUAUGUAAUAAAUGCUAUUAAUAUUUUC